CCUCUGCUCUUACACUCCCUUCUCAAAGCUUGCUCUUUAGUUGGGGGGUGGUGAGUGGUUCUCUGUUUCGCAGAAAGCUUCUGAAGCGAAGGAGAGACGUCCAGUCGUCGCCGGAGAUGGCCACUGCCGUACCCACCGUCGGAACUGUUAACAGAGCUCCGCUCAACCUAAAUGGCUCGAACACCGGAGCAUCGGCUCCAAGCUCAGCCUUCUUUGGAAGCAGCUUGAAGAAGAUGACUCCGAAGCUCCCCAAGGUUGCCUCGCCCUCCGGUGGCUUGCGAGUGUGCGCGAUGGCAGACGACGAGGAGAAGCAGACCGAAAAGGACAAGUGGAGAGGGCUCGCAUACGACACCUCGGAUGACCAGCAGGACAUCACCCGCGGGAAGGGAAUGGUCGACUCCCUCUUCCAAGCUCCCAUGGACACCGGCACCCACUAUGCCGUCAUGAGCUCUUACGACUACAUCAGCACCGGGCUCCGCCAGUACGACUUUGAUAACACCAUGGGUGGAUACUACAUUGCACCAGCCUUCAUGGACAAGCUUGUUGUUCAUGUCACCAAGAACUUCAUGACCCUCCCUAACAUCAAGAUUCCACUAAUCCUUGGUAUCUGGGGAGGCAAAGGUCAGGGAAAAUCUUUCCAAUGUGAGCUUGUCUUUGCCAAGAUGGGAAUCAACCCCAUUAUGAUGAGUGCCGGAGAAUUGGAAAGUGGCAAUGCCGGAGAGCCUGCGAAACUGAUCCGACAGAGGUACCGUGAAGCCGCCGACAUCAUCAAGAAAGGCAAGAUGUGCUGCCUCUUCAUCAAUGAUCUCGAUGCCGGUGCCGGGCGUAUGGGCGGGACCACCCAGUACACGGUCAACAAUCAGAUGGUCAAUGCCACCCUCAUGAACAUCGCCGACAACCCCACCAAUGUCCAGCUCCCCGGGAUGUACAACAAGGAGGAGAACCCGCGCGUCCCGGUCAUCGUCACAGGGAACGACUUCUCCACGCUGUAUGCACCGCUCAUCCGUGACGGGCGUAUGGAGAAGUUCUACUGGGCCCCAACCCGUGAUGACCGCAUCGGGGUCUGCAAGGGGAUCUUCAGGACUGACAAUGUGGCUGGUGAGGAUGUUGUGAAGCUAGUUGAUGCUUUCCCUGGACAAUCCAUUGAUUUCUUUGGAGCCCUGAGGGCAAGAGUGUACGACGACGAGGUGAGGAAGUGGAUUUCGGGCGUCGGGGUGGACACCAUCGGGAAGAAGCUGGUGAACUCAAAGGAAGGGCCUCCGACGUUCGACCAGCCGAAGAUGACCCUCGAGAAGCUGUUGGAGUACGGCAACAUGCUUGUCCAGGAGCAAGAGAACGUCAAGAGAGUCCAGUUGGCGGACAAGUACUUGAGCGAGGCCGCUCUUGGUGAUGCCAACCAAGACGCCAUGAACCGUGGCACUUUCUACGGCAAAGCAGCUCAGCAAGUAAAUGUCCCCGUGCCUGAAGGAUGCACCGACCCGAACGCGGCCAACUUUGACCCGACAGCAAGGAGUGAUGAUGGGAGCUGCCAAUACACGUUUUAGAGGGAGGGAGAGAUUUGAGUUAAUCAUGAUUAAGAUUGUGAGAUCAGUGAUCGAAUCAUCUGAUACUUUACGCAUUUCCUGCGUAUUAAGAACGGGUUAAUGUGUCCUAUGAUUUUGUGUCAUGUAAUUUCAAUGUGUACAAAAUCUGAAUCACGGUGUGCUGUUUUCUCA